AUGCCAUAUCCCACAACAAUCGGACAAUCGGUGGUCCGACGGCCAAUAUUCGCCAAAUCGAACGUCGAACUGAUCAACUCACUCCGCGCGAACUUUUCUUCCUCGUCACAGGAGCACGUGGCGGCAGCACAUCACCAUCAUUCCGCAACAGGCUCGUCCUCAACGACUGCAACACCAACAACGAACUCUGAGACAUCAUCAUUACCAUCUUCCACCUCGUUCUCCGAUGCAGACUACACGCGUUGGACGACGAAAGACGGCGACACAUUAUACGUGCCAUCAUGGCAACCAACUCCGCUGACAGAACCACGAGAUUCGUACGAUGUAACGGUGAAACUGUUCUACCUCCCAGGGAUCCCGUCAUCCCGGCGAUGUAAACACACCCGCGAGGCAAUUGAUCUGGUGCUGAAAGAGCUAGGGGUGGAUAGCAUUGACCUGUUGAUUGUGAGUUACCCAGGCGUGAGUUUCGACGCCGAUGAUUAUGAUGGUGAUGAGGAAGGCGAAGAAGGAGACGACGGACAAGAUCAGGAAGUCGCAUCAAUGCCGGAUGAGGAUGCCAGUGCGCAUAGUCAUGAAUCCGAGGGCUUCGAUGCGCAGAUCAAGGCAUGGAGAGUACUGGAGUCACUGCACUCGCAGGGCGUGAUCUCGCAGCUGGGUGUUUCCGAGUUCAGUUCGGAACGUCUGGACAAAUUCCUUCCAGAGGUAACGGUGCGGCCAACCGUGGAUCAAAUCAACGUGAAAGAUUGUUGCGUCGUACCUAAGCCGUUGAUCGUAUAUGCGCAGGAGAACAAGAUCGAGUUGCUUACUCACGCCGACUGCACCGAUAUCCUGCCACCGGGAACGACGAGAGAGUUGCUGGGGACUGGGAAGGACGGUGCGGGCAUCAUUGCCGCCAGACCGGACGCCGGACCAGAUGAGCCUGGUUUGAAGGGCGAUAUUGAGCCCCAGUGGGUCAUCAAGUAUACCGCAGUGGUCAAGAAUCGUGGUGUCAUCGAGAACAAAGGCUAUUUCGCUGUCGCGCAAUUGGGGACUUGCAUUGAAGAUAGUACCGCAGAUGGUGAGGCUGCUGGUGCUACUCCAUCGUCUUGA